GUAACGUACAAUAGUAGUACUAUGUUCUCAAGUCCAAGACUAAGAAGAGUCUUAGUGAUCAUGGAGGAAUCAAAGACUGAAGAGAGAUCUUCUUGUGCACCUCCUCAGGUCAACUCAAAGGACCAAACUCCCACGGCGCUUGGCGCAGCUACAAAUGGCGAUGAUCUUCAGCCAGCGCUCGAUGCAACCAAGAAUUAUCCUAAUAUCAUCGUCCUUGGGGAAACAGGCAGUGGUAAAAGCUCUGUAAUCAAUAUGCUCCAUGGUUCUAGAGAGGCCAAAGUGUCAAACGGAGCAAAGGGUGAAACCUUCAAGAACGAAUGUUACGAAAAAGUGCUCCGUGAACGAACGAUAAAUGUGUUCGAUACAGUCGGCCUCGACGAAGGUGACCAAGGGACGUGUGCGGCGGAACAAGCGAUCAGAAAUCUCUACGGACUUAUACGCCAGCUGGAAAAUGGCGUUAAUCUGCUGGUGUACAUCCUGCGAGCGCCUCGAAUCACAAAAACAGACCAGACGAACUACGACCUAUUCUAUAAACAGCUAUGCUGCAGUGCAGUUCCGAUAGUGCUAGUCGUGACUGGCUUGGAAGAUGAAGAGGAUAUGGGCAAAUGGUGGUUCGAUAACGAAAAUAUUUUCAACGAUUAUGGGAUGAAGUUUGCCGAAUCAGCUUGUAUAACUGCCACCAAAGGGAAAUUAAAGAAAGGAGUGUAUACGCUUCAGGAAGAAUAUGAUGAGUCAAAGAUCAAGGUUCAAGACUUAAUCGCUAAACACUACAGCCGGGUUCCAUGGAAAAUGCCGAAAUUGCUUUGGCUUCAACGAAUGGUGAAAAUUUGUGGUGCUCACUUCGGUAAAGCAGUUCUCUCAGGGGUCGGUUUUCUACAUUUUAUAUUUUAUGAAUCCUCUCAGACAUUAGGCGAGUUGCGUGCGGCGGUGAGAACAACGCUCUAUGACUGUGACCUUGAUGGUACAAUUCCUCCACAUGAUAAAUCGUAG